GAUUUUGCUCAUACUUACUCGAAGGAGCAAGGGGGUUUUAACAAUGUGAGUAGAGGGUCAAUGUCGUAUAAACCUAGGAACAUUUGUUUUGCCUACAAUGAAAGGAGAUGUAGUAGGGGUUUUUCUUGUAAAUUUAAGCAUGCAUGUUCGGCUUGUGGAUUAUCCCAUGUGGUAAGUGAGUGUAACAAAAAGAAAGAAGGGAAUAGGCAGCCCUUUCGAGCGGCUCAGCAGAAGAGCGGAAACGCCAAUACAGGUGGGCAAGCUAAGUGAGGCAUUGCAGGAUUACCCAGAUCAAGAGAUGGCAGAAUUUUUAGCCAAGGGUUUUUUGGAAGGUUUUAGAAUACCAGUGUUGGAGGUUCCAACUCCCAGUGAGGUUUACAAAAAUUUAAAAUCGGCUAGUCAGCAUGAAGAAGCGUUAAAGCAGAAACUGGAGAAGGAAUUGAAGGCAGGUAGGAUGGCGGGACCAUUUGAGGAAGUUCCUAUAAAGGAUUUGGUGGUUUCUCCAUUGGGUAUUGUACCCAAAAAAGAACCAGGGAAGUUUAGGAUGAUUCAGCACUUGUCAUAUCCAGAAGGGGCAUCAGUAAAUGAUGCGUUAGACAAGGAGCAAUGUUCUGUUCAGUACCAGUCUUUUGAGAAAGCAUUAGAGAUAGUUAAGAUGCAAGGAGAGGGGGCUUUGAUGGCAAAGGUUGAUAUAGAGUCGGCGUUUAGGCUCUUGCCAUUGCAUCCUGAUAGUUUUAAGUUGACAGGUUGUUAUUUUCAAGGAGUUUUUUAUGUGGAUAUGUGUCUCCCUAUGGGGUGUGGGAUAUCUUGUUCAUUUUUUGAGGCUUUUAGCACAUUUUUGCAUUGGUUAUUGUACAAACGGUCAGGGAGUUCUGCUAUAGCUCAUUAUUUGGAUGAUUUUUUGAUUGUUGGGCCUAGAUAUGGGGAUAACUGUCAGAAGACGUUGGUAAUAUUUUUACAAUUGCUGAAAGAUUUGGGUGUGCCAGUAGCGGAAGAAAAGACAGUUUUACCAACAACAAUAUUGACUUUCUUGGGAAUUGAAAUAGAUUCGGAGGCAAGGGUAUGUAGGUUGCCGAAAGAUAAGGUGGAUAGGACAACGCAGGCAGUCAAAAGAACAAUAACAGCAGGGAAGGUAACUUUGAAAGACAUGCAGAAAUUGUUGGGUUUGCUGAACUUUGCAUGUAGAGUAAUUCCCAUGGGUAGGAUUUUUAAUAGGAGAUUAGAAAAAUCUAUGGCAGGGAUAAAGAAGUCGUUUCAUAAAAUCAGAAUCACAAAGGAAUUAAGAGAGGAUUUGAAGGUGUGGGACAAGUUUCUGACAAAUUUCAACGGAAUAAGAAUAUGGAUUGAGGAGGCUAGGCUUAGCCAAGAAUUGCAAUUUCUCACUGAUGCAUCAGGGAGCAUUGGUUUUGGGGCCUACUUUGGAGGAAAAUGGAGCGCUGGUAGGUGGCCAAGGUCAUGGCAGGUGAAGGGGUUAACGAGGAACUUGACACUGUUAGAGCUUUUUCCUAUUUUGGUAGCACUGGAAUUGUGGGCGGAAGGUUUGGCAAAUAAAGCAAUAAGGUUUUUGUCAGACAAUAUGGGAGUGGUUCAUGCAGUGAAUAAUUUGUCAUCUGAUUCACCUCCAGUAAUUAGGUUACUCAGGCAGCUGGUGCUAAUUUGCUUGAAGUUUAACAUAUCAUUCAAAGCACAGCAUGUGCCAGGUGUGGAAAACACAUUAGCAGACGCUUUGUCAAGGGAGAAAUGGGAGCUUUUCUUUAAACUGGCCCCUAAGGCAGAAAAAACGGCUCAUGUGUGUCCUGGUCAUUUGUGGCAGCUGGUGAACCCAUAUUAGAAGAACUAUAUGCAAGGUCGUUGUCGGAAAAAACCCUUGCCAGCUAUAAAAGGGCAUGGGAAAGGUGGCGUCUUUUCUGCACCAGUGGUAAGAGAAAUUAUGCGUUUAAGGAUUUGUUAGAAUUUUUGAAAGAAAUGUAUAAGGAAGGGAAGUCCAAGGCGACGGCGGUUACUACGUUAGCAGCAAUAUCCCAUUUUUCUUUAGCAGAAGGCAGGCCGGAUUUUGCGCGGAAUCCUAUCAUUAAAAAACUACUAAAAGGUUGGAGUAGAUUGGAGGGCCCUAAAGUGGAUAAAAGGGAACCUAUUGUUAAGACUAGGUUGCAAAAGAUAUUGGUAUCAUUGGGUGGGAUUUGUUUUGAUCAGUUUGAAUGUGUGUUGUUUAGGGCAGCUUUUGCAUUAUCAUUUGGAGGGGCAUUUCGUAUCAGUGAGUUAGUGCCUCCUUCAAAAAAGACAAUGGGAAAGGGGUUAGAGUAUAAAGAUGUGUCCAUACAGGAAAAUAAAUUGUUGAUUCAUAUUUGUAGUUCUAAGACAGAUCAGAUGGGAAAAGGAAAAUGGGUGAGUAUACAUGUAAAGGGAGAUGUGUCAUGCCCUGUUAGGUUAGUACGGGAAUAUAUGAUAGUGCGCCCGGAAGGAGGUACAUUAUUAUUAUUACACGAGGAUGGUUCCCCUCUCUCUGCUUUUCAGUUCAGACAGGUCCUGAAAAAGGCGGUGAUCAACAAUGGGUGGGAUCCUAAGAAAUUCGGGUCUCAUUCUUUUAGAAUUGGUGCAGCAACUGAAGCAGCAAUGGGAGGGGAAAGUAGUGAGAGGAUAAAGGCGUUGGGAAGAUGGAAGUCGAAGGCUUACAAAAAAUACAUAAGACCUUUAAACGAUGCAAGGGAAGAUUUUAACUAAUGUUCUUGUUUUUGUCGCAGCAGGAGGUGCGACAACUUGCAACAUUUUGAUAUUAGGCCAUUCAUUUAUUUUCUGGGCAAUGAAGCAUGCAGGGGUGGCAGGACAGCAGAUGGGUUUGCCGGAGGAACACAUGAAGAUCGCUUGGCUUGGUAAGAGAGGGAUGAGAUGGGAGCAGCUGAGAGGUAUGUCCUUGGGAGCAGCAAAAAGGAAUCCUAUAGAUUUAUUAAUCAUACAUGCGGGGGGGAAUGAUCUUACGUCACAUAGGACCCCAGCUCUUAUUGAAAACAUGAAGGCUGACUUAACAGAUAUUUUGAGCAAUGGGAGAAUCCGAUGUAUGGCAUGGUCUGAUAUGAUUCCUAGAAGCAAUUGGAGAGGUGCCUCUUCCCCAAAAGGCAUUGAGAAGGUCAGGAAGAAGGUUAACAGGGCCAUGCAUAAAUUCAUGUGUUCUUCCGGCGGGGGGGGCGUGAUAAGGCAUGAAAAUAUAAAAUGUAGGCAAACAAGGUUGUACAGACAGGAUGGAGUUCAUUUAUCGGAAGAAGGUUUGCGCUUGUUCAUUGGGAACAUUAAGGUGUUUAUUGAGGAAUGGUGGAGGUCACAGGUGGUGUAGUGGGGCCAUUGGAAAGGUUAGGUGUCACCCCUCCCCUUUUUUCCAUUGGUUGGCAUCAGUGCGGCUCUAGGUAUACGAAGUGGUUAUAGUGCAGGCCUACCUUUGGUGAGUCACGAGUGUGCAUCAGACUGGGACUGCACGGUCUUCUCUGAUGCAUGCAAGUGACUGGGUUAGCGCCAUUAUGCACAACGAGGGAGCAGGGGGAUGGGCAAAAAGGCGGUCACUGAGUGCGCCCGGCCCCGUGAUCCCUGCUUCAGGUUUUUGGAAAUCUUUUGGGCAGGAGCCCACGUUUGGAGAAUGAGAGCCGCAGCUGGGGUCAGGGUGUACCUAAACUUUGAAUUUUAACUGUUAAAUAAAGCUUGUGACCUCCACAGAUUUUUGCCAUAA